AUGACGUCAUCCACCAAUCCAUCUUAUAUGGUGGCCGGAUAUUACCCUGGAAGUGACCCAAAUCAACAAAUAGCAAACAACCAACCAACUGCUUAUUCAAUAACCCAAAAUACACCAGCAACCCACCAGCAAUCAGCGACCCAAUCCAGUCAGGUACAAAAUCCACCAUCAGCCCCAAGUAGUCAAAUUCUACAAGGUCAAGCAUAUUUACAAGUAUCCAACAACCAAGGCUACCCCCAAUAUACUGUCAAUGGUCAGUUCGAAACAUCGAAUACCGGUAUUUAUCCAACCGAAGGUUCAAAUCAAUACGUUCCUGGGAAUAUUCAGAACGGUCAUGUUAAUAUUGCUCAAAGUGUGCCUUAUUCCGUAGACACCAACUAUUACUCUGGCAACAAUUCACAACCAGUUCCUCUGAGUGCAGCUGUAAACAGCCAAUAUCCAGCUGUAGCCAACCAAGUCAAUACAGGAAACUAUUACCAACAACCGACCAAUUCAACGAAUUACCCAACUGUUGUUUAUCCCACCGGAUACAACCAACAGUACGAAGCAAAUACCCAAUUAAAUCCCCAAAGCGUUCACAUCGACCAACAGCCAACACAACAAUACCAAUUGAAUCCUGAAAGCGUUUACAUCAACCAACAGCCGACAGUUAUCAACCAACAACCAACACAAAAUUACCAAUAUUACGUUCCUCAAAGUAAUACAGGUGGAAAUAAUCCAUAUAUAGCGGCAAACGGCCAAUAUAUACUUGUCAGCGAUCCGUCUUACGCUGAUAACAGCAAAUAUUUAACAGGAAACCACCAGCAAUAUCAACAGUACACCAACGAACACCCGCGGUAUCUCUUGAACCAGCCAGAAAAACGGCAAAGCCGAACUGAACACAACAAAGACGUUAAAGAGAGUCGUCAAUAUUUAAAAGGUAACAGUUCACACAAUCUAUCAAAUAAUUCCAAAUACGAUCCACAUUUUUUUCAAAACGGAAAUCACACAACUGAUAAUACCGAACAUGACUCUAAAAAUAUUCGGUACAUCAACGGUUUAAGUGAAUACUCUUCUCAAAACUUGCCAAAAGCAUUGCCUUAUGGCAAACCCACAUUAAAGACAAAAUCAGCUGAUCUCGAUAAAAUUCGGUAUACGAAGAACGAUCACCAAUUACCUCCUGGUCUUGAUAAUUUUGAUAAAGCCGACGAGCAAAAAAAGGACAUUGUAAAGGUUCAAAAGAAACACAAAAAAGAAAGCGUAGUUAACGGUCUUCAAGUACCGAAACUUGACCUCAAACUUAGUAAAAACUCUAACGACUUCUCUAUCCAAUCCGGAAGUGACGAGGACUAUUGUGGUUUUUAUCCGAAUUCACCAGUUAAACAAAAGCCAAAGGGUUUGGUCAAUGUGAUCUUGCCAAGGAAACAAAAGCGUUUGCAUAAGAGAAUGAAAAGUCAUUCAAAACAUAAGUCUAGUUCUAAAUCUUCUAAAAAGAGACACGCAAAAGAGGUUCGCCGUGGAUCAGAAGCCGAUUCUGAAACCGAAAUGAGUACAGGUGCAUCUGAAGUAAGCGUUAUGAACAAACCUCCAAGAAAACUCUACCGAAGUUACAAAGACUAUUAUGAUCCAGAGACUAAAGAAUCAGGGAAGGAUCUUCGACUAUUUCGACGUGAAAAACGUCAGACACGUGCAAACGUUCUCAGUCGAGCUGAACUAUUGCUCGAUAAGCGCAAACAUUACAAUCGUCUUCAGUCGGAAACUAAUUUUUCUACCUUGUCGGAAGUAGAGACUGGCUAUCCAAUGUGUGUAGCGAACCCAAGUCCGGCGCCGUUUUAUGACAGCGGCGUUGACAUUUAUCAACCUGCCAAACAACGAAUAAAAUCAAAAUCAGUACCCGCAAUACCACACGGUAACUAUCAAAAGCAGGCAUCACAAACUUCAUUUUAUAGUGUCAAAAGUAAUCAAAAACCACCCAAAAACACCUCAACCCAUCUUGUGAGGCAAAAUAGUGUGCAUGCACGCGCCUUAAAAACGAAAGUGUUUAAUUAUGGCGAUAUGACCUAUACGUAUAAAAAUGCUGUGACUGAUACACCCAAGGCACCAAAAUCGACAGUCGGAAUAUUGACCAUGAACGCCUUAUGGAAUCUGCGUAAAGAGGAGAAAGGUGUACUGAGUGAUGCUAGUUUUGACGCUCGGGCAUCGUAUUUAAUGCCCGUUGGUGAUGUGGACAGUGAUGCUUAUUCCGAUGAAGGGAAAAACCAUUAUUCGCUAACAAAGCAGUGGAACGAUAAUCACCCUCCCCACAAUAUUGACACAAAUAGAUCUUCAGAUAUACUGGAUGUAAAGGAAAAUAACCGGAAAAAUAUAGGCUUGAAAUCUUUCCGAACUAUGCAAAAACAAAGAGGUAUACAGAAAGGUCCACAGACGCAAGAUUAUUGUCUGCGACCAGGAAUCAUUAUUAUUUUCUUUACAUUAAGAGUAUCUUGA